CCGCCCCCUGCUGCAACCGCCUUCUCGUCCACUUUCCAGACGAGGCGCAGUUCAUCGCGAACGAGCCUUGUGUGUCAUUCUUGAAUUGUGUCAAAGUGGUUCACUGCUUCAUGAAGCUACGAUUUCACCAUCACUACCUCGCUUUCGCGAUUUUAUCACCGUCCACUUUUGUAAUACGUCAGAGCAAGUCGGAAUGAAGUCGGACACAAAACAUGCAUUGUGCGCCGAUCGCCGGUGAUAGGAUCUGCGCAGGCCUGGCUCAUCUCGAACGAGCCUACUUUUUAUAUUUGAAGAGCAGUCUUGUUUACACGACAACACGAGUGUCUCUUUUUUUCAACGGUCACCGAUAGGCUGAUUCCCUGAAGGCGCAGACGUUUCUGUGCAGUAGUGAGUUUCGUUUCCGCGGACUCCCCCCCCCCGUUGAAUGAUACCAGGAAAUACAGACAUGAGAUAUGAAACAGACUCGGUCACCCACAGUGCUCAGCUAAAUUAUUUUUUAAACUGACAGAAGAGACUUGCGGAUAACAUGUCAGCCUCUAUUUGUGCCUUUGCCCUGACGUUUUCAACACUAUGCGGAUCCAGAGUGGUAUCAGGAGUCCUCAGCACACCCACAAAUGUCCACUUGACCUCCUAUAACCUGAACCUGGUGCUGCGGUGGGAUUCACUUGAACAGCCAGCCAGCAGCCUGAUCUACACAACUGAGUACAAAUCCACAGUCACAGACUACAAAGUGGGCUGUGUGAACAUCUCCAUGCUUGAAUGUGACUUCACAAUGUGCCCUAACAUCUCCGUAUUUGAGUACGGAAAGUAUAGAGGCAGAGUGCGGGCGCAGCUGGGGACAGAGAGCUCCGCCUGGGUGGAAAGUAACCAAAUUACUAUGGACAGAGAUAGGCAUACCUCCACCUCUCUAGAUUUUCCUCCACCUGCUCCCUGCUCUCACUACAGAUCACGAUGUCAUCUGCAAACAUCAUAGUCCAUGGAGAUUCCUGUCUAACCUCAUCUGUCAACCUGUCCAUUACCUGAGCAAACAAGAAGGGGCUCAGAGCUGAUCCUUGAUUUUUUGGGGGGGGAGUUUUUCCUUAUCCGCUGCGAGGGUCCUAAGGACAGAGAGAUGCCGUAUGCUGUAAAGCCCUCUGAGGCAAAUUGUGAUUUGUAAUAUUGGGCUUUAUAAAUAAAAUUGAUUGAAUUG